GCGGGGAGGGGGCGGGGGCCCAUGUGACCGGCUCAGACCGGUUCUGGAGACAAAAGGGGCCGCGGUGGCCGGAGCGGGACGGCCCCGGCGCGGGAGGGAGCGAAGCAGCGCGGGCAGCGAGCGAGAUGCAGCACCGAAGCUUCCUCCUCUUCGCCCUCCUCACCCUGUUGGCGCUCACCUCCGCGGUGGCCAAAAAGAAAGACAAAGUGAAGAAGGGCGGCCCGGGGAGCGAGUGCGGGGAGUGGACCUGGGGGCCCUGCACCCCCAGCAGCAAGGACUGCGGCGUGGGUUUCCGCGAGGGGACCUGCGGGGCCCAGACUCAGCGCAUCCGGUGCAGGGUGCCCUGCAACUGGAAGAAGGAGUUUGGAGCUGACUGCAAGUACAAGUUUGAGAGCUGGGGGUCGUGUGAUGGGGGCACGGGCACCAGAGCCCGCCAAGGCACCCUGAAGAAGGCACGGUACAAUGCCCAGUGCCAGGAGACCAUCCGCGUGACCAAGCCCUGCACCCCCAAGACCAAAGCUAAGGCCAAAGCCAAGAAAGGGAAGGGAAAGGACUAGAGGCCAGCACUGGAUGCCUGGGAGCCCCUGGCCUUACUGGGGGCCUGGCCCAGGCCCUGCCACCCGCAGGCCCACGAUGUAACCCGCCAGUGCCUUUUGUCUGCUCUGCUCUGAGCUGUCGAUCAGGCCCUGCUCUUCCCUCUCUCUCCCCCACCCCCACCCCCACCCAAGUGCCCAAGGUGGGGAGGGACAGGGAUUCUGUGCAGCUUGAGCCCCCCCAAAGCGAUGGAUUCCCGCACCCCUUUUGUUCUUCCCCACAAUGAUGCCAUUGCUAAGAAACAAAAUAAACUGUCGUUUUUCUCCCAA